AUACCGAACAGACAUCCGUGUCCACUCCUGGAUUUUAUUGCCUGGUUUCUCAUGACCUCUCCAUCAUCCUCACAACUCUCAUGUUUGGAAAGUCUGGUCAGUUUUUGUUUUUCUAAAAGAAAGAGGUAGAUUUAUUUGAUUGAGCGGUGCCGGCCGGCUGAGACGCUUAUUGUGGCACAGACAAUAAGUGGCAGCGAUCAGAUCUCUGCAAAAGACACAAGAUGACGGAGGGUCGUCUGUGUCAGAUCCACCUCCUUGAUGGCAGGAAGCUGGAGCUGCUGGUUCAGCCCAAGCUGUUGUCCCUUGAGCUGUUAGAUUUGGUUGCAUCCCAUUUCAACUUGAAGGAGAAAGAAUACUUUGGAUUGUCCUUCAUAGAUGACACUGGCCAGAAUAACUGGCUCAAGAUGGAUCGUAAAGUCCUUGAUCAUGAUUUCUCCAAGACCUUUGGGCCUCUGGAACUCAAGUUUCUUGUGAGGUUUUAUAUUGAGAGGAUCACCUUCUUGAAGGACAACUCAACGGUGGAGCUGUUCUUCUUGAAUGCUAAAUCUUCAGUGUUUAAUGAGACCAUCGAGGUGGAAAGUGAAAAUGUUUUCAAACUAGCCGGAUUCGCAUUGCAGGAGGCCAAAGGGGAUUACAUCAGUGCGGAGACUGCAAGAUCAGACCUUAAACUGCUCCCAGUUUUGCCCACCAGAGUUUUAAGGGAGCAUCCGUCUCUAAAUUACUGUGAGGACAAAGUGAUUGACCAUUACAAGCAACUGAAGGGGCUGACCAGAGGAAAGGCCAUUGUGCAAUAUCUGGCCCUGGUGGAAUCCUUGCCCACAUAUGGAGUCCAUUAUUACCAAGUGAAGGACAAGCAAGGACUACCGUGGUGGCUUGGAGUCAGCUACAAAGGCAUUGGGCAAUAUGAUUUACAGGAUAAACUGAAACCAAGAAAAUUGUUUCAGUGGAAGCAGUUGGAGAAUUUGUAUUUCCGUGAGAAGAAAUUUGCUGUGGAAGUGAAUGACCCACACAGUAAUACAGUGACCAAGCGGACUUUCGGACAAACUGCUGUUAUUCACACAUGGUAUGCAAGCCACUCACUGAUUAAAACCAUCUGGGUGAUGGCCAUCAGUCAGCACCAAUUCUACCUGGACAGGAAGCAAAGCAAAUCAAAGAUGACCACAACCAGGAGUUCAGUCGACAUUGCCAUGGACCUCACAGAGAUCUCCGCCCCCCGGAUCAGCAAACUUUCCAACAUGGAGAGCAAAGAUCAGCUUAUCAUGGCCAGCAGUGGCAGCCUCAUCUCAGCCGAUUCUGCAGAACUUGAAGUCAGUGAAGAACAGAAGAAGGAGAAAAUUGCAGAGCUGAAAAAGAGAGAAAAGAACCUUCAAGACACACUGACACAGAAACUGGAGGAACUGAAGAAGAUCUGCAUGAGAGAAGCUGAACUUACAGGCAAACUGCCUAAAGAGUAUCCCUUGGCAUCGGGUGAGAAAGCUCCACAUAUAAGACGUCGUAUGGGGACAGCCUUCAAACUGGAUGAACUUUUCCCUUAUGAUGAGGACCCAUAUCUAAGGAAUCUGGAGAGUAGAUUCGCUCUGCAGCAGAAAAUCGUGGAGGCAGCACUUAAGUUAUCCAACGAAGGUGACCUCUGUAAGACGGUGAAGAGAAAGAGGAAAAAUAACUGUCUUGACGCGAUGAGGAAGCUGGAGGAGAUCGAGAAGGAGAUUAACAGCUACAGGAUCAGGAUAGGACAGAAACCAACCCAGAGAGCCUCGCUGAUUUUAGCAGAUGAUGUCAACCCUUCAGAUCUCAGCUCACUAUCAGACAGCCUCACUAUGGAUGAAGAUGAUGAUCUAGUUUCGCAGAGGCAGCGGUCCAGAUCGGUUCAGUAUUCCCCAAGACCACACCAUGCAGAAACUCUGAACAUCCACUAUAACAGUGACACAAGGCCCUCUGCUAAUGACCAGCAUGCAGACAGCAGAUUAUAUUACAACCAAGUCCAGGAACCGCUACACCCCAGUCACCGGGAUGCCUUAUCCACCCACACCAGCCUGUUUAAGGUGGCUUCCAGGCAGCCACGUGACGCCCGCAGCAUGCCCCCUACCCCCAUCCUCACCCGCAACGCCUACAGCAGCAACCAGCUCAGAUCAGAGGAUGCCCCACAACAUUUUCGCCAGCGCAGUGGUAGCCUUGAAUCCCAGUCUCAGUUCAUGACAGAGCCAGAACCUCCAGCGCAACCGCCCACCUUCUUCCAAGCUCGACGCAGCAACAGCACCGAGGUCCUCGAUGAUGGCUCCUCCUACACAAGCCAGUCCAGUGUCGAAUACUCAAUCCCUGGCAACCAAACUCACAGACGACGAGCUCGUGGUCGACACAGAAAGGACCAGUAUGCCAAUACAGGCAGCAUGCCCAACCUGGCUCAGCCAGAGAACUCCUGCCACGCCUACCAGUCGCGGGCCCGACCCACCACGACAGCCUACUAUGUCACAGGCUACCCCGGCUAUGCAGAACCAGAGCCUUACUCCAAUGGUGUCUAUAUGUACGAGAAUGAGAUGGAGGGACACUAUAAUGUCAAUCCUUCCUACCACACAGCUUAUCACAGCUAUGCCACGCACAGUAACUAUGGUAGCGACGAAAUAGAUGGCUUGUCAGAGAAUUUAUACGCCACUCUGAGGCCACCUAGGAAUCGUCCAGUGCCCCGCAGGAACGAGCAGGCCGGCAAGAACAUCCAGAAGGCCAUGGUGGCUGAACAUUUAAGAGGCUGGUACCAACGGAACGCUGCACACAAGCAGACACCCUUCAACUAUGACUAUGACAGAGGCUCCCAGCAGAGCCUGGGAUAUCAGACCCUGCCUGCACCCUACAGCGUCAACACUAACAUCGCCUACUCAACAGUGUCCUCAGUGCCCUCCAGUGCAAACUGGCACAGCAACAUGAGUGUCAGUGGCAUGUCUGAGUAUGACAUGCCUGUGCAUGCACCGCAGUCCUACUCGUACAGUGCAGUACCCCACAGCCACUCCACCCACAACACAAGAUCCUACAUAGAUGUCAACCAAAUGGAAAGUAACCUGGAACCAGAGGACAAAAUUUAUUGGCACGAAGACUCAAAACCAGGAACAAUAGUGUAGCUGCCUAUCUGUCAUCGUGCUGUAUUUUUUUUACCUUGACAAGUCGUCAUCGUGCCUUAAACUGCACUUACUCGUUUUUGUGUUCAAGAGUAUCCAAAGAAUGAAGUAACUUAACCUCCAUGGAACUCGGCAUAUGAAGGAGACAAAGUACUCUCAUUUUCUUGAAUGAAAUUACCAAACAGUUUUAAAGCAUAACAAAACCCCACUGGAGUGUCGACAAGCCUGGAUUGUGUUUUUUUGGGGUUGAUGGUUCUUGUGCACUUAAACUAUACAAGGACACACUGCAAACUGUGAGGUGUCACCAAAGGGAAUGUGGACUAAACGCAGCAGUCUGUCUCUCUGGAGAUACUAACUCCCUAAACCAAGGACCAGGACUUUCUUUGAAAGAGGAUAUUGAGCCACAAUGAACAAGAAUGACUCGUACUGCUCUGCCACUUACACCAAUGUAUGAACAUAGUGCUAUUGAAUGUGCAAAGAUUUAUACUUAAUUUAAAUGAAGGAUUAAACUCAUUCAAAGAUGAGUUGGAAAAAAAGUGCUAUGACCGCCUGCAGUCACAUGAUCAAGUUUCAUCAUAACAUUGUUUGUAGCUACCACUGUGAUUCCUGUGUUGGUCAUUUAUUAAGUAUUCAACCUGUCUCACUGUCAGUACUUACAUUUGAGCCAAAUACUUCUGCCACACCAUUUCCAUUUGAGCAUUUCCUGAACUUAGUGCAGGAAUUAAUCUUUUUAACAUGGUUAUUUCAUCCAUGCUGGAAAUCAUGGACUGGUGCUCUGAAUUUCUCUCAAGAGAAUGAAGCUGUAUGUAAAUGAUGCUGUUGUAAAUACUCCACUUUUGUCUUUUUAUAGAGCAUUUGUUUGUAUUUUAAAAGCAUGUAAUAUAUAGUUAACAAUUGUUGUUGAGCUGGUUCUUAGUCAUUUGUAUAAUUGAAUUAGUUUGAAAUAAAAAAGAAAUUAACAAUUGA